AUGGGGGUAGAUCAUCUACAGCCCGGGGAGGCCCGACAGAUAGACUACCAUCCACCGAUGAAUGUAGCGUUGGCCACGCCCAUGUUCAUUCUCGCUGGAGCAUUGUUCGUUCUGUUUGUUGGCCGUACGCUAAUACGACUUUACCAUCGCCGGCGUUUACGCGAAAUUCUACGAACCGAUAAACAGGGUCGAUUUAAACGAAGGAGCGCCAUCUCGACCAGUCUAUACAAGCAUGUCUUCCAUGCGCCACUUUUCUCCAUACGCCAUAGUCGCUACUUGAAACUCGGUAACAACAUCCAUAUGGGCAUCCUUCCGCUGCGAUUUGAAGCAGCUCUGCUAGCCGUCUACAUAGCAAUCAACAUUGUCUUCUUCUUUGUCAUGGUUGACUGGUGGAAAGACUGGGACGAAGUGAUCUUCGAGUUUCAAUAUUCGGCAGGUAGUAUGGCGGUGUUGAACCUGCCCGGGCUGGUUCUGGCAGCAGGCCGCAAUAACCCUUUGGUACCUCUUCUGGGCAUCAAGUUCGAUUGCUUCAAUCUCAUGCACCGUUGGGUUGGACGGACUAUCAUCUUCUCGGCGCUUGUCCAUAUGAUUGCUGCUGUUAGGAUGAAAGUGUUCGAACAGGGCGGCUUGGCCGCGGCCACACUUCUCAUCUGGAAUACGAAGUUCUUCAUCUGCGGCUUGGUUGCCAUCUUUGCGUUCACGGCGAUUCUAUUCCAGUCCUUGUCGCCAGUCAGACAUGCAUUCUAUGAAGCAUUCCUUCACUCCCAUAUCGCUUUGGCCAUUAUGGCAUUCGUGGGCUUAUGGUACCACCUGGAAGGCAUGUCGCAUCAAAAUGUUAUGCUGGUUACAGUGGUCCUCUGGGGCUUCGAUAGAGCAACCCGACUGGCAUGUGUUAUCUGGCGCAAUAUUGGCACGCGAUGCUCCAAGGCUACCGUAGAGAUGCUCCCUGGUGAUGUGGCGCGCGUGAAUGUCACCGUGGCACGGCCAUGGAGAUUCAAGGCUGGCCAAUAUGCGUACCUGUAUAUGCCAUCAGUGGGUUUGUGGACUUCCCAUCCAUUCUCGGUAGCCUGGACAUCGAAAGACGGAACAAGUGUGCUUGAUAAGGAUGCCACCAACUCCUCCAACGACUCCCUCGAUCGUGCAGUAGGAGGGUCGCAGGAGACGACGGUAUCUUUUCUGGUCAAAGGACGCGAUGGACUCACUAGUAAGCUGGUACGAAAGGCGGGCAAUUCGCCCGAGCGGACAUUUAAUGCGAUCACCCUUGCAGAAGGGCCAUACGGGGGAUUGGAGUCGCUUGAUUCAUAUGGAUCGGUGCUUCUGGUCGCGGGCGGCAUUGGCAUCACGCACCCAAUCGCCUACCUCCUCGAGAUCGUGAACGGGUUCGCAUCCCGGUCGACCGCUGUCCGACGAGUGACCCUCGUCUGGGUCGUCCGCAGCUUAGACCACUUGUCCUGGAUUCAGCCCUGGAUGGUAUCCCUAUUCAGCCACCCAGCCCUGCAAGGGCCGAACGUGCCCAAACAGGAGUCCUACUUUGAACUCCCCGAGCUCGCCCUGUCCAUCCAGAUCUACCUCAGCAAUCGCGACAGCAGCCCCGAAGAUUUCUCCCCGGAGUCGCCAUGGGCCAUUUCCGCCCCGACAGGAGUGGCAAUAAGUAUCAACACCGGCCGGCCAUCCUUCCGGGACACUCUGGAUGUCGAGAUGGCGCACCAGGUCGGCGCAAUGGCUGUGAGUGUUUGCGGACCUGGCGAGAUGGGCGACGAUGUGCGUCAGGUAGUGAGGGCGAAGCAAGGGAACAAGAAGGUGGACUUUUACGAGGAGACAUUUUCAUGGUAG